GUGGUGGAAAUUGUUUAUUCAACAUCAGCUCGCACUGUCAUCCCUGAAUUUGACAACAUAUUUUCUGGAUGUUGUAUAUUACGCAGAUACGUGGAACACCAAAAAGGUAUCGUCGCACCUGUAGCAGCUGAUGCGAAUGUGCCCAAUGCCCAUUAAUCAAGCCCUUUUGUUCUAGUAAGCAAGCGAAAGAAACCACAACUGGGGGUAAAACCAGGCUCCAAGGAGUAUAGUCUGUCGAUGUAUCGUUUCUGCUGUGAUUUUCGUUUCCUGAAUUCCCAAUCACAGCACUUAAGGUAGGACAUACCUAACUUACAGGAAUUGGCAGAAUCAUUACAUUAUGUAACAACAGGUAACACAGAAAAUGUCAGACUGCGUUAUUCGGCAUCAAUUCAGCAAACUGAUUUUUCUCCAAAACAGUAAUAGAGAGAAAAGCGACAUCAACGUGUACGAGUUAACAAUACAAUGUAUUGAAUAUAAUCAUUAAGUCAGACGUGAAGUAAUUCUAUUGCAGAUGUCCUCAUCAUCUCUCUCACUUUAUGAUAUAUUUUGGAUAGAGGUUAAAAAUGUAACAGGUAUAGGCAAGUUCUGUGUUUGAUGCCAUGUUUAUGCAUAAUUACAAUUACAAUAUUAUGUACGGUCUAACAAUAAAGGCAAUUACUAUGAAUUAUUAAGUCAAUCGAGAACUAUUCGAGUUUAGAUGACUAGGUAGUCCGUGUGCAUAAAGACUUCUCAGUAAUUUUCAACAAUAAUACAUAGUAACAGGCCAUAUAAACUAUAACACAGCUACUUGUAAGCUCUGCAAAUCGUUUGAUACAUGAGUGAAAUGGCGGAAGAAGGCUCGGUGGUCGUGGCUAUUUUUAGACUAUUCCUUUGUCUGAAGAAAAAAAAAAAAACACCGCGGAAAGCAAACUGCUAUCGAGUCUGAUAUUGUAAUGCUGUCACUUAGACUGACUUUAUGAAUAAAAGGAUUUCUACAUAACAACACGUGCUAAAUACAGGACGCAUCACUCGGAAAGACUCUUGAGUUUCAGUGUUUAUUGAUAAUCACAUUAAGUUUACAAUUUAAUAGAAUGUCAAACUUAAUAAAGAAAUUUUAAUCAUUACGACCAAUUAUGUAAAAACUCUAUUUUUAAAAAUAUAUCGAGAGAAAAAAAAUAUGGCAUUUCUUUUUAAAGAAGUCCACCACACCAAAAGCACCCAAAUGAAUAAGGUUCGUAUAUAUACGAAUUCAGAUUUUUGUUGAGUAAACUCAGGUGACCUAUUGCAAUAGUUUAUUUGCCAAUUAUCCACAUCGUAAGCGGUAUUAUUUUUGUGGAUGUAAGCGACAACCGGAAGCAGGACAUCGCACCGGACAAACAACCACGAUUGUGACGAUAUAGCGUUAACUAUAUCUCAUCAAAUAACUAUGCCAGUGAAACAUUGCUGUUAUGGAAAUUGUAUUAGUGACUCUAGAUAUAUCGGUAAACGACCAGAAAUGAAUGGUGUCUUCUUUCUACCGUUCCCGAAACCAAAAACACAGUUCGAAAAGUGCCAACGAUGGGUUCGGCUUUGUGGGCGAAAAUAUUUUGGCGUGGAAAAUAUAACCAAGGACACCUAUAUUUGUUGUAAGCAUUUUGUGGGUGAGAAGGGGCCUACUACAUCUCACCCAGAUCCCUUGCCAGCCGCAGCUACGGAAUUUGAACGGAAAAGAUUAUCCAGUAAACGCAAGAGGAAGGCUCCUUCAGAAAGAAAGAAUGAAACACCUGUUACUAAAAGUAGAAAAAGACUUAUUUAUGAGGAACCCGAGGAAGACUUGACUCAGGAAGCAGACUUAAAUGAAGGCAUCGAGUCUAAUCACCAGGAAUUUGGAACAUUUGACCAUAUUUAUUCAAAAAAGAAACCAGAGACAGGGGAAUUUAUUACAGAGCCAGAGUCUGAAGAAACUGCAACUUCAAUCUUAUGGAUGCCUGAAGCUGAUGUUUAUAUAGACCUUACAGAAGAUGUUACAGUAGAGGUGACAACAUCUUACUGUGAUUCACAGACUCAAACUGACGAUAAUGCUAUGGUUACCAGUGUCGAUACAAAAGAAGUACAAGUGCAGACAGAAAUUUGUUUGGAUAACUUAUGUGAAUUUACAACUGAAGAUUUCCAGAAACACACCAAUAUCACAAGAAAGUUAUUUAUGAAAUCAGUGUUCAAAGAUGACGAAUCUUGUAAAUUCUACACAGGACUGACAAUAGCAAUGCUCACUUAUGUGUUCACAUGGCUGCAAAAGAAGGCAGAAAAACUCAACUACUGGAGAGGUCAAGACACAACAGAAUCUAAAACUACCAUUAAAGUUGGACCGAAGAGGAAACUAACAACUAAGGAGGAAUGUAUCAUAACACUUGUUAGACUGAGAAGAGGCUUUGAUGUGGAAGUAAUAAGUGAUUUAUUUGGAGUGUACCCAUCUCAAAUAAGUAGAAUUUUCACAACUUGGAUCAAUUUUUUGUACGCAGAAUUGAAGUUUCUUAUUUCAUGGCCAUCCCGAGAACAAAUUGCUUCCAAUAUUCCAAAGGCAUUCAAACAUUUUCCAACGACAAGAUCAAUUAUAGACUGCACAGAGUUCUUUGUACAAAAGCCAAGUCUGCCCUCUUCUCAGCGUGUAACAUGGUCUCAGUACAAACAUCACAACACUUUUAAAGCACUAAUUUCAAUUUCACCUACUCGAACUUUCACCUUUAUUUCCAAAUUAUUCACAGGAAGUAUUUCAGAUCGUCGCAUUGUUGAAGAGAGUGGCUUUUUGGAGAAAAUAGAGCACGGUGAUGACAUUAUGGCUGACAGGUUUUUUUUAAUACGUGAUAUGUUAGCCAGACGAUCUGCCACUUUAAACAUACCACCGUUUUCUAUGGGAAAGCAGUUGAGUAGUCGUGCUGUAACAAAGACACGCAGAAUUGCAAGUGCUCGCAUUCAUGUGGAGCGUGCAAUAGGCAGGUUAAAAACAUUCAAAAUUUUGCAAGGAGUUAUGCCUCUUAAACUGCAUGCAUUGUUUGAUCAAAUUGUAGGUGUGUGUGGAGUGUUAUGUAAUUAAGAUACACAACUAGUGAAGUAAAGUUAAUAAAUUAAGAAAU